CUGACAACUCCAAUACAAAUAAAGCCGAGUCGACGUCUCCGUUUCGAAGUUUACUGAUGUUUAUAUAAGAACAUUGGUAUUUGUGUAAGUGAAAUAAAUAAUUUGAGAAUGAGAUUCAAAAUUACUUUAGCCGAGAAGCCUUCUCAUAAGGCUCCUGUCACGUGCAUCGGAUGGAGUAACACGCAAGAAGUAUAUUCAGCAGGAGACGAUUAUCAAAUCUUAUCUUGGUCGGUUUCGACGAACCAAUCGACGAAAAUAACGAAAUUCAACGACGAAAUUUGUCCAACGGAUCUACAAUUUUUACCGCGAACCGGAGGAUCUUUAAAUAAACAGGGAGAUUUGAUACUUGUGACAGCAACAGAUGGUAGAUUUCACAUUCUUAAUAAAGGGGGACGUAUCGAACGAUCUGUGGAAGCUCAUAUCGGAGCUAUAUUGGUGGGGCAAUGGGGUAACGAUGGUACUGGACUGUUGACAGCUGGCGAAGACGGUAUGAUCAAAAUCUGGUCGAGAAGUGGGAUGUUACGUAGCACUGUGGUUUCAAGUGAAAAUUCAGUUUACGGCGCUUGCUGGUCACCCGAUGGACAAGCCAUCGCGUACACUCAAGGAAAAUUUUUGGUUAUCAAACAUUUGGCUCCAAAUACCAAACCUAUCAAGUGGAAGGCCCACGACGCUAUAGUUCUUUGUAUCGCCUGGAGUCCCGUAUCUGAACUAAUCGUAACCGGCGGAGAAGAUUGUAAAUAUCGUAUUUGGGAUAGUCAAGGACGUCCUAUAUUCUCGAGCGGAUUCCACGGGAAUCACAUAACCUCAAUCGCUUGGUCUCCCGUAGGAGAUCUUUUCGCCGUCGGAACUUACAAUACUUUGAGACUUUGUGAUUAUACGGGAUGGUCGAGAUCGUUGGAUAAACCGAAUACGGGUUGCAUAUACAAGAUGGCGUGGUCUGCGGACGGUACACAAUUGGCUGGAGCGUGCGCCAACGGUCAAGUACUAUUCGCGCACGUGGUAGAAAGAGAAAUAUCUUAUCGAAAUUACACGGCUUCGGUUAUCGAAAAAAAAUUAGUUAUCGUUAAAAAUAUUUUAGAAGAUAUUAACGAACAAUUGGAAUUGCCGGAAAGGGUGAUUCAAAUAGCCAUAAGAUACGAUAAUCUGGUAUUAACCACCCCUACGCAAUGUUAUAUUUAUAAUACGAAUAACUGGAAUACACCCGCCAUAUUCGAUCUUAAAGACGGAUCCGUCAUUUUGUUGCUAUUGGCCGAAAAACACAUGUUAUUGGUAGAAAGAAACACGGUCGGCGUUUAUAAUUAUCAAGGUAGAUUGACGUCGACGCCGAGAUGGCCGAACAUGAAACCGGAUCAAUUGAAAAACGCGACUGUUACCAUAUCCUCAGAUACGUUGGCCAUUAGGGAUUCGACUGAUACAAAAAAUAUUUACGUAGUUGAUUUAUCUAGUAACAGAACUACUUCAGAACCGAUUCUCGUUCGACAUACCGCUCACGUGAUACAAAUAUCUUUAGACCAAUGGGGCGAAAGUGUAAAUAGGAAUUUGGCUGUUUUGGAUAAAAAGAGGGAUCUGUUUUUAGUCAACGUGCGGUCUACUAAUAAAACUUUUAAUAAGUUAGGUACAAAAAUCGAGUCGUUUCAAUGGAAUGCCAUAGACAACAUAAUGGCGGCAAUUCAGGAUACGCGACUAGUUGUAUGGUAUUGUCCAACCGCGUGCUACAAUAACAAAUUACUCAAAUUAUGUUCUUUCAAUUACGAUUCCCCUGAAUUGGGUAGUAGCCCGAGAAUAAGUGAUUUCGUAGGAAAUAACGUUUCAGUUAGAAGGACAGAUGGAUCUCUCAUUAACGUUCCCAUAUCACCGUUUCCCAGUUUACUCCACAAAUGCGUUUUAGAUAACAGAUGGACUGAUGCGUUAAAUCUAUGCCGUACAACGAACGAUGAAACAACAUGGGCAUGUCUUGCCGUACUUGCAGUUCAAUCGAAUUCAAAUACAAUUGAUAUAGCAGAAGAAGCUUUCGCAUGUAUAAAUCAUUAUGAUAAAGUUUUAUUUUUGCAGUAUAUAAAGGAUUUGCCCUCCAGGGUGGAACAGAAAUCUCAAAUGGCUCUUUUAGGUGGAAAACAACAAGACGCCGAAUCAACUUUAUUACAUAACGGAAUGGUAUUUCAAGCUAUUUAUAUGAAUAUUAAUCUUUAUGAUUGGAAUAGAGCUUUGGAUUUGGCGAUAAAACAUAAAACUCAUAUUGAUACUGUGUUAUAUUUACGACAAAAAUAUCUUGACGGUUUGGGAAAACCGGAAAAUAAUAAUAAAUUUACUAACCUGAAUGAUACGGUGAAAAUUGAUAAAGAAAAAGUGGAACAAAAACUGGCAAUGGAAUUCCAAAAACGAAAACAUAGUGUUUAAAAAAGUUUUAUAAAGAAUGAAACGAAUUUUUAAAUAUAUUUAUUCAAAAUU